AUGUCGCCUGAGAUCACACCUCCGAAAAGGAAGAACUCCGUGGGCCUCACCUAUGCAGUGACUAUUGGUUUGCUGGUCCUUGGCCAGCUCCAAGCCUUGGUUGCUGUGGAAAUCGAUUCGUUGAAAGUCCUUAGGAGCAGUCGCCAUUACUUCGGUCUGGGGGCUUUCUUCAUAAGCUUCAUCUCCAUACAGCUAUAUGGGUUCUUCUACCACAUCCUCGCAAAGAAACCCUGGUAUGUGCGCUUUCUUGCAGGCUUAUGGACAUUUGAAGCCUCGACCCUGGCGAUCAUGAAGCCCGUUCGUAAGCCCACCUACCUUAGCUUCUUUAUUUCCGUAUUCUUAACCUACCUGAUGUUGGGAAUUGGCUGGAUCUAUGGAUCUAUCAGUGCCACAAAACGAAGGGGUUGCUUCAUGUCCCGCCUGAGAGUGGUUCUGUGGUCCGAGAGGAUCUUCGCUCUCACCUGCUUCGGAGUCAUCGUUUGUGCGGAAAUGAAACGUAGUGGCAUCGAGAUAACCAGCAUGCUGGUCUACACAUUGAUCUCGAAUACGUUCGUUGUGAUAUUCGCCGCCUCCAUGAAGAGACAACAUUUCUUCCGCGAGAACAUCGACUCGGACUACAUUUUCAUCGCCCAACUAUACUACCUCAACCUAUUCGCCCUUUGCAUGAGCUACGUGUGGGCAUUGGACUGCUUUUCUUUCAGUUUUUUGAAUGUAAUGUACUGGCUUUGAAGACUCACAUCGCUAGAGGUCGGGGCGAGCAUGCGCCAACUAUCGGAACAGCUGUCUGGGACUCCUGGCGUCCUGGCGAAAACAGUUGCUUUGUGCCGCGCACCCAACCUGGUCAGACGUCGGGCUUACUUUUGUGCAAGUGCAGCAGCUCCUCAAUUCGGUUAACCGGAAAAUCGAUACUGUUUUCUUGACACACACAUCGUUUAAUUGUGGUCGCAGAAUGCAAAUAAAUGGCUUGUGUUGUGAA